CCUUGCCUCUUCCUCCAAAGGUUACCCGCAGCCUGCCAGCCCUGCCACCAUGAUGAAGAGAGGCUUCCAGGUGGCAGCAAGACUUGGCCACUACAGAGCUCUUCUCAGAGCCCCCUGCAUCCCACCCAGACUUGACUCUGCCUCAGCCUUCGCAUCCUCCUCAGAUGAUAGGAUCUCAAGAUUCUGCCCAGAGAAGACAGAUUUGAAGGAUUAUGCCCUUCCCAAUGCCAGCUGGAGUCCAGACAUGCUGAGCAUGUACCAAGAGCUUCUGGAAAAAACCAAGACCGACGGCUGGAUCAAACUGCCCUCCUUCAAGUCCAAUAGGGACCACAUCCAGGGGCUCAAGCUGCCGUGGGGGCUGUCAGUUAAAACAGACUACAAAGACUCGUGCAUCUUCACCAGGAGCAUCCAGAUGGAAGGUCAAGGCUACGAGUAUGUCAUCUUUUUCCACCCAUCCAUGAAGAAGUCUAUCUGUCUAUUCCAGCCAGGCCCCUACCUGGAGGGGCCCCCGGGGUUUGCCCACGGAGGGUCCCUAGCAGCCCUGAUGGACGAGACAUUUUCUAAAACUGCCUACCUGGCUGAAGAAGGGCUGUUCACAGUAAGCCUCAACAUCAGGUUCAAAAACCUGAUCCCUGUGAACUCUCUGGCUGUGCUGAAUGUGGAUAUAGAAAAGAUUGAGGACCAAAAGAUUUACAUGUCCUGCACCGUCCAGAGCAGGGACCAGCAGACAGUCUAUGCCAAGUGCUCAGGUGUUUUCCUUCAAAUGCAGCUGGAAAAGGAGUAGCCCCAGGCGAGCGGACUGCCAGGACCCGCACAGCGCAGGGAGGGCUGCUCAACAAAUGGGUGGUAAGGGAUGGGCAUUUUGAGCCAAUAAAGUCUUACAGCUCUGUGCUCA